CCGGAAGUUCCGCAGUUGUUUAGCUUGUUGCAAAACACUGGUCCAAAGAAGGAAGCUGUAAAACUUGACAGGUUACUGCUAAACUAAUCCACAUGUGAAGAUGAGCGUCCCAGACUACAUGCAAUGUGCCGAGGACCACCAGACAGUACUCGUGGUGGUCCAGCCGAUUGGCGUCGUACUCGAGGAUCAGUUCUUCAAGAUCUACAAACGCAUCGCCAGCGUGAACCAGGUGAGCAUCAGGGACUCACAGCGGCUCCUCUACAUCCGCUACCGCCACCACUACCUGUCUGAAAACAACGAGUGGGGAGACUUCCAGACGCACCGUAAGGUGGUGGGCCUCAUCUGCAUCACCAACUGCUCCUCGGCCAAGGAGUGGCCCCAGAUUGCCGAGCGCUUCCACGGCCAGAAGGAGGUGUACAGCUCCACGCUGUACGAUUCGCGGCUGCUUGUGUUCGGGCUGCAGGGAGAGAUCACAGAGCAGCAGCGGACCGACGUGGCCUUCUACCCCAGCUUUGAAGACUCCCCCGAUGUGGAGAAGAGAGUGGACGACUUUGUGGAGUCGAUAUUUAUCGUCCUGGAGUCCAAGCGGCUUGACCGCGCCACAGACAAGUCAGGUGACAAGACCCCACUGCUCUGUGUGCCCUUUGAGAAGAAGGACUUUGUGGGUUUGGACACGGACAGCAGGCAUUAUAAAAAGCGAUGCCAGGGGCGGAUGAGGAAGCAUGUUGGGGACUUGUGUCUGCAGGCAGGCAUGCUGCAGGACGCCCUGGUGCACUACCACAUGGCUGUGGAGCUGCUCAGGGGCGUUAAUGACUUCCUCUGGCUGGGUGCUGCGUUAGAGGGUUUGUGUUCAGCCUCUGUCAUAUUCCACUACCCUGGAGGCACGGCGGGGAAGACUGCUGGACGCAAGCCGAGCAUCUCCCAGCCAGCAGACGCGGGGAAGCGCCACAGACCAGGAGCUCAGGAGGUUCUCAUUGACCCAGGUGCCCUCACGGCCAACGGCAUCAGUGCGGACACCAGCACGGAGAUUGGACGAGCAAAGAACUGCCUGAGUCCCGAGGACAUUAUCGAGAAAUACAAAGAGGCCAUCUCCUACUAUGGAAAGUAUAAGAACGCAGGCGUGAUCGAGCUGGAGGCCUGUGUGAAAGCCGUCAGGGUGCUGGCCAUUCAGAAGAGGGCGAGGGAGGCCUCGGAGUUCCUGCAGAACGCUGUGUACAUCAACCUGGGACAGCUGUCAGAAGAGGAGAAGAUCCAGCGCUACAGUAUCCUGUCCGAGCUCUACGAGCUGAUCGGCUUCCAUCGCAAGUCGGCGUUUUUCAAGCGCGUCGCAGCCAUGCAGUGUGUGGCUCCCACCAUCCCGGAGCCCGGCUGGAGGGCCUGCUACAAGCUGCUGCUGGAGACGCUGCCUGGAUACAGCCUGUCUCUUGAUCCCAAAGACUUCAGCAAAGGUACCCACCGAGGCUGGGCCGCGGUUCAGAUGCGCCUGCUACACGAGCUGGUGUACGCCUCCCGUCGCAUGGGCAACCCCGGCCUCUCCGUGCGCCACCUGUCCUUCCUGCUGCAGACCAUGCUGGACUUCCUGUCUGAUCAAGAGAAGAAAGAGGUGACCCAGAGUCUGGAGAACUACACCUCCAAGUGUCCGGGUGGAAUGGAGGUCAUCACACUUCCUGAUGGCCUGAAGCUCCUGCCGGUGCCCUUUACAAAGCUCCCCAUUGUGCGAUCGGUGAAGCUCCUCAAUUUGCCCGUCAGUCUGCGUCCUCACAAAGUGAAAGGCCUGCUGGGACAGAAUAUGUCCACCGCCAGCCCCUUCAUCUACUCGCCAAUCAUCAUGCACAACAGAGGAGAGGAGCGCUGCAAGAAGAUCGACUUCCAGUGGGUGCAAGGAGAUGUUUGUGAAGUACAGCUCAUGGUCUACAACCCCAUGCCUUACGAACUUCGCGUGGAGAACAUGGGUUUGCUGACAUCUGGAGUGGAGUUUGAAUCCCUGCCUGCUGCACUCUCCCUGCCUGCAGAGUCUGGCCUGUACCCCGUCACGCUGGUUGGCGUCCCGCGUACAGCUGGCAACAUCACAGUCAAUGGUUACCACACGUCAGUGUUUGGUGUGACCAGUGAUUGCCUGUUGGAGGGUCUGCCGAGUGUGAAGACUAGCGGCUGUUUGGUGGAGGUGAUCCCCUCGCUUCCUCGUCUCCAGCUCAGCACAUCACUUCCACGGUCAGCCAAUACGCCUCAGCCGACGUCCAAAGAGGAACUCUCCAGCACCGUGUCCGUCCAGCUUUUCAACGGAGAGACCCAGCAGCUGACCAUCACCUUGGAGAACAUCGGAUCCGAGGACAUCGAGACUCUGGAGCUCACCUCUAAGAUUCUCACCAUCAAAGAGAAAGUGUUUGGGGAGUUUCUGAGCUGGGAUCUGGAGGAGGCUUCGUCUCACCUGCCUCUGAAGUCGGGCCAAGCUGUGACUCUAACUGUCAGCAUCAAAGUGAAGCUGGACUUCUCUGGUCAGGAGAGUCUGCUGCAGGACGAUGGUGAUGGGAUCAGCGUGACAGGCCUGCCAAUCUCCAGCCCGCUGCGCCAAGUCCUCAAACCCAGGUCUGAAACCAAGACCGUCAGCAGCGAGUCUGGCAAGACAGAGUACAGCCAUAUUAAGACUUUGGAAGCAGUGCUGAACUUCAAGUACUCAGGAGGAGCAGGCAAAGUGGAGGGCUACUACAGGGAGCUGUCUUUGGGAGUCCAUGUGGACAUUGAGCCGUCUGUAUUCUUCACCAGAGUCAACACCCUCCCUGCUACCAGCACCCGCCAUUGUCAUCUCCUGCUCGACAUCUUCAACCCGACAGAGCAUGAGCUCACGGUCAGCGCCAAGAACAACCAGGACCUGGUUCUACAUGGCAGCGAGUGCCAGAGGAUGGCCAUCCAGGUUGACAAGUUUGACUUUGAGAGUCUGCCUCAGCCGGACCAGGAGACGGCUCGCUUCACUAACCCCAAACAGCUGGAGGAGGAGCGACAGCAUGCCCAGGGCUGCCAGAUCAACAGCAAUCUGGGCAUCUGUUGGAGCAUCCCGUCCCUGCGGCGCCGAGGAGAAGCCAGCGUGGAGGGAGUCCUGAACCAGCUGGUCCUGGAGCACCUGCAGCUGGCUCCUUUGCAGUGGGAUGUGUUGGUGGACGGGAAGCCAUGUGACUGCGAUGUCAUUGCCGACUGUAAAGCGGGUGAAGCCGUGACCCUGGAGGUACAGCUGACCAAUAUGAGCAAGAACUCAGUGGGCCCCCUGGCUCUGACCGUGGUGCCCUAUCAGGACUUCCAGAACGGAGUCCAGAACUACGAUUUGGAGGACGCGGUCACCUUCAUUGGCUCCAACACCUUCUACAUUGACACGGUGAAACCCAAAGAGAACUCUGUCUGUGUGGGGGCCGUGCUCUUCCUCUACACUGGAGAUUUCUACCUUAACAUAAAGUUUCAGGACGACAGUGCUGGACGAGAGCUUCCUUUAGCCUGGUUCACUCUACCCAGUGUGCACAUCCGAGCCCUGGACCCCCCGCAGCAGGCCGGGGCCUGAAGGCCUGGUGGCCCCAUCAUUUGAGCUCUAAAUGAAGGAUGGAGGGUAUUUGCCUGUAAAUACAAUGUUCUUAUGAAUUGAAUCCCAUGUAAAUAUAAUUUUGUUAAAGGUUACAGUAGACUGCAAGAGCACAAACUGGCACGGUUAGUGCUCACCUUUCCAUUGAGCUAAUGAUGCAGCUAACAUGUAUACAGGCGGCUGUUUGGGGCGCUUCUCCUUCUUUUGGAAAACAUCUGAAAGGCUCGGACCUAAAUCAGUUCAAUAAUCUAUUUUAUUAUCUGUGUUGCACCACCCUGCUCUGAAACACCCAUUUUCAAUGUUGUCGGCCCAUUAAAUGGCCGUUAUCAGUCAUCAGUUAUCACUUCCUUUAUAAUUCUUCAGACGAGUUAAACUUCAUCUACAGGCAAGUUUUUAAACGUCGCAGUUUGAAACACGUGGUGAAUUUAAACCAAACUGCUUGAUUAUGUUCAGAAAAAGAUUGUGGUUUGGGUAGAAAUUAGUACAUUUGUUACGUAACUUACAUUUGUUACGUAACUUACAUUUUAUACAUAAGUUAAGUUUGUUAUUUGUCCACAAAAGAGAUGCAGUGUGAUUUGAAUGUUCAAUCGUGAGAUAGGGAUGGAUGCUACAAUUGCGUCUCCUUGAAAUAACUGUACAUUUUCCAGUUUGCGUUGUUUUAGCUAACCUGCUAGCUAGCUAGACUAGUUGCAAUGAAUCGUAGCGAGGACAUGAAAUGCAAGUAAUUAGUUUGUGGUGCGAUUAAGCACUAAUUUAUUCUGUGGAGACUUUCGUUACUUUGUCUUUCGGAUAAUAAAAUCUCUACUGAAAGAGAGUAAGAAGAAAUAACGUUCCUGGGCAGGAAACUGAUGGAAGAAGAGAAGCUGAAAAACCCCACACUGGAAAUGUGAUUAUCUAGAUAUAUAAGCAGUUCUGUACAAAUACAUUAUAUUUAUUUCUACUGCUCUUUGGAUCUUUUCUCUUGCCUCCACAUUGAACCUGACUGUCUUACAUUAGCAUCAUUACGUGCGACACAUAAUCGUUGUAAAUAAAAGCUAAAAGAAG